AAAGUUGCCACCCGAAAAAUCUGAACGCUCUGUACUCAAUAAUCUAUUUUAUAAAUAAUUAAUUAGUGCUGCUGUCGUUUCCGUUCUGUGUGAAAUUUUAACGAUUUCUCGUCCCGUUUUUGAAAUCAACAUGUGCUGUGUUGAAUCAUGACAAACAUAAUGCGUUAUAUUUUUGGCCUGUGUCCAAAUUUAGAGUUUUUAACGACAAGCUUGCCAAGAAUGUGAUGGGUACUCAAAAAUUAUUUUUCGUCCAAAUCAUGGUCAUAAUCUGGAAACGACAUAUUUCAAUAACGUCGAAUUUUUAAUAAUUAUUUUAUUUCUUCUCGGUCAAUUGUCGAGGGAAGUGUUCUAUUUUUGAUUGUUUUCAGUUUGUAUUGUUUUUAAUGGAAUCUAGAAAUAAUCAUGGCCAAUGAACCUUUGGUAGUACAGGCUGUUUAUUCUUAUAAAAGGAGUAAUAAUGACGAGUUAAACUUUAAAAAAGGUGAUAUAAUAACAGUAACUCAAAAAGAUGACGGUUGGUGGGAAGGUACAUUAAAUGGAGAAACGGGAUGGUUUCCCAGUAACUAUGUAAAAGAAUGCAAAGGUAUUUACGAUUUUUCCCAGAACAUUUUCAUUCUAAAUUCACUUUUUGAAUGUUUUUUUGUAGAUGCACCAAAACCAAUAAUUAACCAACUGAAUGAAUACAAAAGCGUUGUGUUGAAAGACUUGGUGGAUUCAGAGAAAGCCCACGUUACCGAAUUAGAAGGACUAGUUACGAAUUUUCUACAACCUUUAGAAAAAAGUGCAAUUUUAACUACAGAUGAAUACAAACAAUUGACCGGUAAUAUAACCGAGGUAUUAGAAACGCAUCAGCACUUGUUGAACCUCAUCGAAAUAGAAUCGAACAAACCAGGGUGCGAUCAAAGAGUUGGAAAACUGUUUCUCAAUUGGGCGCCCAGGAUAAAAAGUGUACACCAAGCUUACUGUUCCUUACAUCCCAAAGCCGUCUGCAUUUUGGACAAAUACAGAGAUGAACUUACGAAAUACAUGGAAUCGAAAGGUGCCGCCAGUCCGGGCGUACUGGUUUUAACCACUAUGUUAAGUAAACCGUUUAGAAGACUGGAUAAGUAUUCGGGAAUGCUACAGGAAUUGGAAAGACACGUAGAAGAAUGUCAUCCGGACAGAGGUGAUACCCAGAGAUCAGUUAGUGUUUAUAAAGAAAUAGCAGCGACUUGUUCAGCUACGAGGAGACAAAAAGAAUUAGAACUCCAAGUACUGACAGGUCCUGUUCGUGGAUGGGAAGGACCUAGUUUAACGACACUAGGGGAUAUUAUAUACAUGGGUUUAGUAUCUGUUGGACCUCAACGAAACGACAGAUAUUUCGUUCUAUUCCCUACCACUUUAUUAAUUUUAAGUGUGAGCCAUAGACUGAGCGCUUUUAUUUACGAGGGGAAAUUGUACCUAUCCGGUUUAACGAUAACGAAAUUAGAAAAUAACGCUUUCGAAAUUAGCGCCCCUAUGAUCGAUAAAAGAGUGGUGUAUUGUCAAAAUAAAGAAGACGCUGAUCAUUGGAUUGAAUUGUUGAAGAAACAAAUGCCCAGGAGUUCGACGGCUUCUACGGUCAGUCAAAAAAUGGGACCUUCGCAAGCGCAGUUCGUUCCUCAACCUCCACCACAUCUGAAUCAGAGAGGUUACUGCAACCGUUCGUCCGUGAUAAGUUAUAAAACGCCCAACGACAAUCGCCCAAUUACGUUACCGCCCGAUCACUACCCGUCCGCGGCGCCUUUCGCCGCCCUAACCAAAUAUUUCCAAAAAUUGAUCAAACAAAAAAUAAUAACGCGCAAAUUAUUAAAACACCUCCUCUAUUCCGAACAUCUCAACAAAAUGAGUUUGAAUUUAGUGAAAAUAAGACACCACAAAACCGAAAUCAGUAUUUACACCAAAGACGUACAUUGUAGAGACAGCGUAAUACAUUGCGAAAGCGAUACCGACACCGACAGUUCGAAUAACACCGACAAAACUAAAAACUACGAUAGUUAUUCGAGUAAUUCGAGCAAUCCCUUCGGUUACAUCCGGUAUUACAAUCCUCGAAACGAAGACGAAUCGAAACCGCCCAGUAUUUUGAUUUCCACGGCCAGUAUACGAUUGCAAAAACAAUCGUCGCAAGAUUCGGACGGAAGCGUCGUAGUACGUAAACCGAAACCGUACAUGGCGUGCGAAAAUAUACUGAAUCUAAACGACAGUUUAGAAUUGACGAAUCUAUCGGUACAACAGGAAUAUUAUUUACCGACGACCAGACAAAGUUGUCCGACCAAAUUAGUCGGUAAUAAAUUUAAUAAAACUAGUUUAACUACGAUAUAUAUACCGCCGUGGUCGAAUAACGAUACUAAUAACAGUACCACUCAUUCCAGUACGUUAGAACUACCGGUAAACACUCUUCCAAUACCGGAUAAAGUACUGGCCGAAAUUUUGUACAAUACCCCGAAAGAUAACGAAGAAAAUUUCCUAUUAAAACCUCCGAGUAUGUUCGACGUCAAAAUUGUACCGCAAAGUUUGAGUUUGAAUUUAGAUAACGUCGGUUUCCGUAAACACAGCAUCGAUUCCGAUAAACCGAAAAGAAGAAGCAGCUUACAAAUAACUCCUUCGACGCAAUCGUCUUUCUGUCGUUGCUGUUCGGUAUAUUAUCACAGUCCUAGAUCGUCGGAUUCCGGUAUGGCGGGUAGUUGUACUUUAAAUUCUCCCGAUUCGGCGAAUAAUACCGCCGAAUCGGCUCGAGUUCGUUGUAGUGUCGAUAUGACGAAUCUGUUCGAUAAAUGCGAAGAUAAACGCGACGCUUUAUCGUUGAGCGAAUCGAUAGCUAGAGAUUACGAAGCGGAAUGUCAAUGUACUUCGCCGUUCGGUUCGACGCCACGUACUUCCGGUCAGGAUUGUAUCAACGAAAACGUCAUUACUAAAUCGGGGGAUGGUAUAAGGAAAUCGCAAUCGAAAUUGUAUUUGAUACCGCAAAAAUCUCAAUCUAUGGAUAGUUUAUUGGAUAAGGAAGAGGGGGAUGAUGGAAAUUCUCCUUUGUUCAAAUCUGGGUUGUACGCGCAUUGGUGGUUGAAAGCUAAAAUACCGGCGAGCGUUGUUAAAGGGAUUCGCAUCAGUACCCGACAGAAUAAUACAGAUGACACCACUGAUCUCGGGAAGCGGCACAAACAUACCGAGUAAUCAUCAAAGACAAGGUAGCGUCCGCUCCACGACAUCUCUUUCGGCAUCUAACCACAAUAUAGUCGCUGCAAAUGCACAAAAUCGAGGUUGGUCGGCUGUUUGUUUACGUCCCACCCCUCCGUUACGUCCCUGUCUCGCUUUGGGAACGUCGCCGAAUGGACCGUACGCUCGUUACAGCAGUCGGAGGCCGAUGAGUUAUAAAGAGGAUGGUUUCAUAUUGGAUGUUAUCGAAGCAUAUUGUUCGGUUAUGAAACCCAGAAGCACU